UUCCCUCCUUCGACCUUCGACGCAGCCGGUGAACCACCCCCCUCCCCCGACGGCGCCACCCUAACCCCCCGACUCGGCCAGAGUGCACGACCCACCCAGCCCAGCCGCGCACGGUUCCCCCCAGCCAGCAGCCCAGCCCACGCCCAACCCCCCCCAGAGCCGCGCACGGCGCCCCCCAGCCAGCAGCCCAGGCGGACCACCCACCGGACCGGACUACUCAAUCGUCGAUGUUUUCCACUCCAGAUCUUGUAUGUGAACUCUUCGAUCUUUGAAGAAUUUGGUAUCAUGAAAAGAAGAGAGCGUAGUUGGAUGUAUGAUAGACUCGACGGGCGCAAUCUUAAGCCCGACUUUCUCAAGGGGGUUGGAGAGUUCAUUGAGUUUUGCAAAGAGCAUCCAACAUGCAAUGAUGGUGACAAAAUAAGAUGCCCAUGCCCCUUGUGUGAUAACAGGCGUUUUCAUGAUACUGAAACAGUUAGAGUACAUUUGUACAAGAAGGGGUUUGUUCGUAAUUACUAUCAAUGGAUAUGUCAAGGGGAAAGCUUAGUAGAGUCCUCGCGUGUUCAGCCAAAUCAAUAUCGGGAUAUGGUUAUUGAUGCUCUUGGAAAUAAUCAAGAGCAUUUGGUGAAUGAAGAGGGUAAUUCAGUUGAAGAAGAACCAAAUGAUGAAGCUAAGAAGUUUAUAGACCUUCUAAAGGCAGCUGGAGAUCCAUUAUAUGAAGGGAGCAAACUCUCUGUGUUGGAGAUGGCAUCAAGAAUUGCAAGUUUGAAAUGUGAAUUCAACUUACAACACAGGUGUGUGGAUGGGUUUGCAUCUUUGAUGAAUGAUGCGAUUCCAAAUAACAACCAAAUGGGUAGAACUUUCAAUAGCACAAAGAAGGUUCUUGAGGGCUUGGAACUUCCUCAUGAGAGGAUCCACACAUGCCCUAAAGGUUGUUUGCUCUUCUGGAAAGGCGAUGCACAGUUAGAUAAAUGUAGAGUAUGCGGAAGUGAUCGGUAUAAGAAGACUGCAAAGGGUAAGCUUAUUCCAGCAAAAGUUCUAAUCUAUUUUCCAAUCACACCGAGGUUGCAAAGGUUGUAUGCUACCAAGAACAUUUCGGAGGAUAUGACUUGGCAUGCCAAGAAUCCCCGAGUUCAAAACACCUUCGCACAUCCUAGUGAUAGUCAAGCGUGGAAGCACUUGGAUACAACCUUUCCUAAUUUCGCAUCAGAGCCACGAAAUGUCAGGCUUGGUUUGUGCACAGAUGGAUUUGCCCCCCAUGGUAAAUUUGGAUCCCAAUAUUCAUGUUGGCCGGUUAUUCUUACACCAUACAACUUGCCUCCAUCGAUGUGUAUGAAAAGACCAUUCAUGUUCCUUUCUUUGCUCGUUCCCGGUCCUAAAAAUCCUAAAGGAAACUUGGAUGUGUACAUGCAACCACUCAUUGAAGAGUUGAAACAGUUAUGGGAGGUUGGGGCUAUGACUUAUGACAUCUCAAGCAAGCAGAAUUUCAACCUCCGCGCAGCCCUUUUGUGGACUAUUAGUGAUUUUUCUGCAUAUGGAAUGCUAUCUGGAUGGUCCACGGCCGGAAAGAAGGCUUGCCCUUAUUGUAUGGAUAAAAGCAAGGCAUUUUGGCUUGAACAUGGAGGUAAAGUUUCAUGGUUUGAUUGUCAUCGACAAUUCCUUCCACAUGAUCACCCUUUUCGAAAGAAUAAAACAGCUUUCUGCAAAAACAAAGUUGAAAAUGGCAUGGGUCCGCAUAUAAUGUGUGGAGAAGAAUUGUGGCAAUGCGUGAAGGACUUGCCUAAAGCAACUGAUGGUCCUGAAGCUCUUAAGAAGUUGAAGAGUGCCAAAAUGGGUUGGUUCAAACAAAGUAUUCUAUGGGAACUCCCAUAUUGGAAGGAUUUGCUUCUUCGUCACAACUUGGAUGUCAUGCACAUUGAAAAGAACUUUUUUGACCAACUCAUAAACACUGUGAUGGAUGUGAAAGGUAGCACCUCGGACACCACUAGUGCAAGGAAAGAUAUGGCUAAGUAUUGUAAACGUCGGCAGUUAGAGCUUGGAAAUGGAAAUCAAACCAUGCCAAAAGCACCCUUUGCACUUGACAAGGCUCAAAAGAAGGUGUUAUGUGAAUGGGUUCGAGACUUGAAAUUCCCGGAUGCUUAUGCUUCAAACUUGAGCAGGUGUGUUAAUCUUCAAUCAUGCAAGCUGUAUGGAAUGAAGAGCCACGAUUGUCAUGUCUUCAUGGAGAGGUUACUUCCGGUUGCUUUGAAGGAGUUGCUUCCCUUGCAUGUUUGGAAGGCAAUUACAGAGAUUAGUCAAUUCUUCCGAGACUUAUGCGCCCCCACUAUCAAAGCGAGUGACAUAGAUCGCUUGGAUAAGAAUAUAGCUGAGAUCUUGUGCAAGCUAGAGAAGAUUUUUCCACCUGCAUUUUUCAACUCAAUGGAACACUUGCCAGUUCAUCUUCCACAUGAGGCAAAGGUUGGUGGUCCCGUCCAGUACAGGUGGAUGUACCCAUUUGAAAGGUUUCUUAACCAUUUGAAGCGUAAGGUUGGAAAUAAGGCACGUGUAGAAGGCUCCAUAUGCAAUGCUUACCUAAUGGAGGAGAUUACGAACUUUUGUUCCCACUAUUUUCAACCUGAGGUUGACACCAAAGCAAGGGAUCUAGGAAGAAAUGUCCAUUCGGUUGUUGAGAACCAACAUGACGUUAAUAUCCCCGAGAUGUUCAGGGUGGAUUGUGGUCGUGCACCUACUAAUGGCCGUUUGCGCUUCUUGCAAGACAUGGAGUAUGAUCGAGCACAUCUUUAUGUGCUUGCAAACAGUGGCAUCUUAGGUGAAUAUGAAAGGAAAUUUGAGGAGCACAUUAUCCAAACUCAACCUCACAUAGUAAUGGAGGAUAUUUGGAGUAAAUGCGAAGCCCAGUUCCCUGAAUGGUUUAAAUCACAUGUUCUCCGGUCUUUGAGUCCUAAUGAUGUGACACGGGCGCUUGCGAUGGGCCCCUCUAGACAAGUAAGGACAUGGAGCCGGUUCUAUGCGAAUGGAUAUAAUUUUCAAACUCAUGACUACGGCAAACACAAGUCAACUAUGAAUUAUGGAGUGUGUGUACAAAGUCCUGAUGAAGUUGACUACUUUGGCAUUUUGGAGGAGGUGGUUGAACUUUCUUAUUGUGGUAAGCUUCAAGAGUACAAGACAAUCUUGUUUAAGUGCAGCUGGAUGGAUUCCGUGAAGGGUAUGAACAUUCAUGAACAAUACAAACUUGUUGAGGUCAAUCAUUCUAAGAGAUACCCAAAGUAUGACCCGUUUGUAUUGUCUUACCAAGUUAGUCAAGUAUACUUUGCACACUACCCCAGUUUGAAGAGGGAUAAAGCCCAAUGGUGGGCUGUGUUUAAAACUAAGGCAAGGUCUGUGAUUGAUGCUCCGGUUGACUUAGACUUUCUACAAGAAGAUGCAAAUGAGGUUUCUUCAGCUCUUUGUGCUCCAGAUGAGAUCCCAGAUUAUGAAGAUCAAGAUGAUGAUGAUGAUGACGAUAUUAAUGAUGGUGAUGCUGAUAGUAUGAGUGAUGAGGAUGAGGAUGAUGAAGAUGAGGAUGAGGAUGAUGAGGAUGAGGAUGAUGGUGAUGAUGACAUUGAUGAUGAUGAUGACGAUGGUGAUGAUGAUGAUGCUGAUGAUUCUGAUGGAUACGACGAUUAACUUGAUAUUGCUGAUUUUGGUCCUUUUUGGUUGUUUAAUUUUAGGUUCAAGAAAUAUUAUGUAGUUGUUUGGUAAACUUAUGAUUGGAAUUUGACAUGUGUUGUCUUUUAUGAUUGAACUUUGAAUUAUGUUGUUGUUUAUUGAACUUAUCAUUGAACUUUUUAUUUUGGUUGUAUAAAUUUAUGUUUGUUAGACAAUCUGAAGUUGUUUGUUACUUGUUAUUAGGUAAUUAUAUAUGUAUCGUAAGUUUAUUAAUGUUAAUGCUUGGUUUGUGUUCCAUUAAAUAAACAGAUGUCCAAUCGAUGAAUUGUCUUUUAUGAUUGAAAUUUGAGUUAUUUAAACUUGG